AUGAUAAUUCACCUGAUCUACGGUUUCUCCGUGUGGACCACGGUCCAGGCUAUUUCCACAGCAUGGAGGCCAGCGUUUUCGAACCCUUCGACGAGUAUUCUGCAACAAGACGGCCCUAUCUACGGAAACCCCGCGCAGUCUCUCUACGACAUCGACAGUUCGUCCAUUUUGGCGCAACAGGAGCAACAGGACAGAUGCACCAUGUACAAGAUCGCCAUGACUCAACAGCUGUACUUCGAGUACGUUCACUACAAAACGGAUCUACCAGAUAUGAAGGAGUUCACCCUGUGCAUGUGGACGAAAUUCUACAACCACACCAACGAUCAUCCUUUAUUUUCGUACGCAGUUGGGGACCAACCACGGGGACUUCUCUCCUGGGUAGCCAAUACCCCGAGAAGCUCCUACUACAUGAUGAACAUCGACGGGCACAACCUGUACAGAUUGAAUUAUCCGCUGCGAUUGAACAAGUGGUAUCACUCCUGCCAAAGUUGGAGCGGCCGUACCGGGGAGUGGCAGAUCUGGGUCAACGACGAGCGUGUAGGUCGCGGGUUCAACAACAGGCUGGUCGGGCACGUGAUCAAAGGGGGUGGAAUCGCCAUCACGGGGCAGGAACAGCGGCAGCUCGGGGGAGGUUUCCUGGAAGGCGAGGGUGCACCUCCAGGAUCCGGUGGUCUACUGGGAGAAGUGACUAUGGUGCAGCUCUACGGGAUAGGUUUGACUGCAGGAAAGGCGCACAAGGACCAUAAACAUCACCAUGCUCAUCAUUACGAACACGACACGAGCAACAACACGCCUAGACCUACGCGUCCUCCAGUUACCGGCCCACCCCUGCCGCAGCAUCCCUACUUGACAGGAGGACAAAUAAAUCGUGGGGUAAAAAUCAAUCCUGGAUCGCCGGUGCAGAUCAUCCAGAGCGGAGUCACCCUCAGGCACCCUGCAGUGAUUCCUCGCAACCCACCCCCUCAGCCGUACCCCCCAGCGAAUUCCAAUUCCGUCACUGCGACCACCUUUCCACUGCAAUCCAGCCAGUUCUUCGGUAACUUGCAGCCCACCGUUGCUUUGCCCUCGGCGAACAGAAUUUCUGGCGCAGGAGUGAACUUGGCGGACAGUCCGUACCACAAUCUCUUUAAGAGGGAGAAAAAUUCGGCGAGCGGUGAGAUUGAGAGCGAGGAGGAGCUAGACACGAGUCUCGAGGAGACGAGCACGGAGAAAUCCACUACGAAAAAGAGAGAUGCCGACGCUGAGAUGGAACGUUCCGACGGAAAGGUAACGUUCAUACCGAAGGAAGAAUCGGAAGAUGCGGACGAGAAGAAGGUGAAUAAACGAGACUCGGAGAAGAAGAAGAGAGGACUGGUACAAUUGGGCGACGGACUAAUCGUAGACGACGGAUACAUAUCUCAAGGAUUGGACAACGAUUACUUCACCGGUCUAACCAAUUUUGGCCUACAGUUGCCCAAGUACGAGAACAAGAACGACGAGAGGGAGCCAGCCGAGGCGGAGGUCAGGAUGAUCAUGGAUAUAUGCGACGGUUGCACGGAAGAACCAUUUUCAAAGGCUUUGAUCAUGGCCUGGAGAUCGGUUCCUAAGAAACUAUACUCCGGCGCUAUGCACCUUCCAGCCAUGCAAGUCUGCAAGGCGUUCUGA